UCAAUUUACAUUCAACUAUCUUUGAGGUAGAGCAAUGAUAACCAUUAAACAUCCAUGUUUUUGAGCUUUGAUUUCUAGCCGCCAGGUUUACUAACUGUUAUUUUACAUGCCCCAAUGCAUACACAACAAAAACAACCCUUAAAAGGUAGAUUUAUGCAAUAAACAAAACAAAAUACACACAUAAGUAAAUUUGCUGCGUGUUCAUAGGACAAAAUUUACUCACUUGAACUAAAAAUUUGCGACAACAUGUAUGCAAAAGUAAAUUUUCACCAUGUCCUGACCAGGUGUAAAUUUUCUCAAAUGUGCAGAAUUUGCAUGUAGGCAAAUCAGUUCAUACGACAAAAAUUGCACAUGUUAGUAAAUUUGAUAUGUGUAAAAUAUACUGAGGUAUGCAAAUCGUGUCGUAUGAAUGGGGUAUUAUGAUAGCCUUUUCAAUAUGUAAUAAUGAUUUACAGUAUACUUCUUGUUGACCAAAACUUCUGAAUGAAUGCUCUACGAUGUAUGCACAAAGUAUCAUAAAAAUCUAGAGCAUAAGUGAAACACGAGCAUGAGGUUAAAUACCAACCGUGUUCUUUAAAUGCAAGAUGGAGUGUGCCUCAAGGAUGUUUUUUAAUGUACAAUAUUUCUUACAAAUGUUAUUAAUUACAUGUAUUCAAGGUGAAAAUAUUCAUCUGAACAAAAUUUCUACAUUAUACAUACCGUUUUCGUACAAUGAAGAGGGGAAACCUAUUUUUUCUUUGGACGGAGGAUCAGCAGAACAAAUGGCUUAUGAUUUCCAGGAUCAGAUUGUGUAUAUUGUCGGGGCAUCCAAAAUAAAUGUUGUUGAUAUUUCCGAAGUAGAAAAUCCACAGAUCCUUUACCAUAAAGUUUUGGGAGAUUUUGAUCCCACUGACGUAGAAUUCUGUGGGGAUCAUGUGUUUGUUGCUUUGGAUAAUAAUCAGGACAGAGAAGCUGGGAGGGUGAUCGUCUUCAAGAAAUAUAACCAGAAGUAUAACACAAUGGAGGCUGUUCUAAAUAUUACAGUUGGACCUCUGCCAGACAUGCUUCUUCCAACCUCAAACUGUAAACAUGUUUUAAUCGCCCUGGAGGCGGAAGCAUUUCCUAAAAACGGUAAAUUGGUUGACCCAGAGGGUGGCGUUGGACUUCUGAAGUUUCACGGUGUUAACAUUACUUCCUCAAGUUAUUACUACAAAAGGCUAAAUUUUCACAAUUUCAAUGAUAGAUGGAAUGACUUGUCAAAAUCUGGUGUACGAUUUGUUUACAAAGAACAAAACAACACGUUUUCGCAAGAUUUAGAACCUGAAUAUAUUACUUUCAGUAAAGAUGAAACAAAAGCUUACGUUUGUCUUCAGGAAAAUAAUGCUAUCGCUGUGGUAGAUUUGGAGACUGAAAAUAUUACAGCAAUUCAUGGACUUGGUUUCAAAAACUGGAGUAAUUCUAAACUUGAUGCUAAUGACAAAGAUAACGAAAUCAUCAUCAGAUCACUUCCGGUGUACGGGAUGUACCAGCCCGACGCUAUCCAUUCGGUAAAAAUGAAUGAUGUUGAAUACAUCAUCACAGCCAAUGAAGGAGACAGCAAGGAUUAUUCUGAAUAUCCACAGAAUAUGACUGGUUUUAGUGAAGAAAUAAGAGUCAAGGAUAUCUCUUUAGCAAAUGAUUCCGAAGUCACAGGGUGGGCAUCUCAAAACAAUGUAGAGAAUGUUUUGAGUGAUGCAAUUUUAGGAAGGCUGCAAAUCACAACAGAAAAUGGACGACUGCCCGAUGGAACCUUUGAUAAAUUGUACACAUUUGGUGGAAGAGGAUUUUCAGUUUGGAGAGCUGAUACAAUGACCAACGUUUAUGAUAGCGGAAGUGACGUAGAAGACACUCACGCAGAAUCAAGACCUGAUCUCUUCAACGCAAAUCCUAAAGCUGAUACAAUUAUUAAGUCCACAAUGGACUCCAGAUCAGAUAACAAAGGUCCUGAGAGUGAGAGUCUUGCAGUUGCCUACGAAGGUAACAAAGUUAUAGUUUUCCUUGGAAACGAGAGACCAGGUUCAAUCAGUAUAUAUUCAUUUACUGGAAAUAUGACCUCACCAAGAUUUGAAAGUGCCUUUUGGGAUAUACCUUCUUCCGAUGAAUCUUGGACAGAAGCCUUUGACCGCAAAACCAUUAGUAGUAUCGAUCCAGAAGAUCUAAAAUACAUUCCACCACAUCAAAGUCCAAGCGGUAGACCUUUGUUAUUGGUGGCUGGUUCUGUUAGUGGCACUCUCUCUAUUUUAGAAGUCAAAGGCUUCAAUAUUGAAAACACAAGCAAUGGGGGAUCUCAGAACUACUUACAAAUGAACUUUGGUGUCCUUCUUCCUUUAUUAGGAGUGUGCAUUCUUGAAAUUAUUAUAUAAUAUAUUUCAAAUAUUUUGAUAAAUUUUUAACUUGUCAUUAUAAGAAUACUACGAUAUUGUUCUUAUUGUCAUUUACUGUAAUUUAGAAAAAUAAAAAAAUAAUAAUCUUUA